AUGGAACCUUUCGUGCGCGACAUACUCGCCUUCGAGGAUGGUGUGUAUCUCGAUGUGCAUGGCUCCGAGGAGCCCCACCUCGUGCAUGGGUCGCUCUACAUGGGGGUAUCUGACCUUCCGGCAAGUCGCAAAGCCAACGGGCUGCGAGGGCCAACAUCGAAGGAAUAUCCAUGCCCAUAUUGCUACCAGAGCUUCGACUCGCUUACAAGCGCGGAGUGUUUCAAUCCCACGUGUUUUCGCAUGCGCGACGACUGGCGCUACAUAAAGUAUGCUUAUAAGGCACGGGACGCUGAUGCUGACCUUCGCGAAGAGAUCGCUGAGCGACGUGGUGUGCGAUGGUCAGUCUUGGAUGCGCUUCCGGGAUGGAUGCCUGCCAGAAGCUCGCCACCCGAGUUUAUGCAUGCCACUUUUCUAGUUCAAGUCAAGCAUAUGUUUCAGGAGGUACUCGUAGGGAGCGGUUUGUUCACCACUCGAAGCCGCAAUGACAAGCCGGUGUCGAAGCUCGAAGAGUUUCUGCAGACUAUUUGGUGGCCAGCCUCGUCAGGCCGAGUCCCGCAGAAGAUCACCGAGGGAGGCUCUGUCAAAGCCGAUCAAUGGCGCAAUCUCGUCCACAUCCUCCCGGUCGUACUCUACUACGCCUGGCAAGUGAAAGGUUCCAUCCCGGAAGGAUGUGCACCUCGACCCAACGCUUCAAGCAAUGCAGGCAAAGCCCUCGCUAAGAAGGAGGAUCUCAUUCGCUCGCGCCAACGUGCACACCUUGCAGCUCAACCCGGAGAUGUUCCGAUAGAAGCCAUGGAAGCCAUCAAUCGCAUGGAGAUAGACCGUAAUUAUCGGCGACACUACGAGAACGCCCUAGAGAUGUGCACGGCCAUACGUAUAUGGGCGUCAAGUUCGAUAUCUCCGCAGGAAGUCGAACGUGCACAGGACUGUCAUUCCCGCGCCUGCCAGUCCUGGGCGACGAUGAAUUGUCAUCUAACGCCUUACUUCCAUCUAGCUACCCACAACAGCGAGUUCUUCUUGCGCAAUGGACCUUCCUACUCGUGGUGGGCAUACCCGUACGAGCGCAAUAAUGGCUUUCUCGGGCGAUUCAAGACGAACGGUCACACUGGUGGCGAGCUGGAAGCAACAAUGAUGCGGGGCUGGGUGAAGUGCCAACUUAUUCAAGAUUUGGUAUGA